AUGAUAAUUCAAAACCUAGUUGAAGAUUUUUACCGUCAGCUAGAUUUAACGAAACCAGUUCUCAUAUUAUGCGGAAUCGAUGUGGAUGCCAUGGCGGCCACGCGCAUCCUGAUGGCCAUGUUUCAAGCAGACCUUAUUCAAUAUAGACUCAAGCCAGUAAACACGAGACAAGCCCUGUGCCAAGCAAUUUACGAUGAGAAGGCGAAGAUCGAGCAAUUUGUGCUUCUCAACGUAGGCUCCACUGUAGAAUUUUUCAAUGUCGACCCAGAUGGAUUCGAAUUCACCUCAGAAGAUCAGAAACCGCUCUUUGGGGACGAUGACAACCUCACUUUUGUUUUUUCCGACCUCUCGAUGUCCAGUAGAAUUUUUGUACAUGUAGCUGAAGACGAAAUCGAAAAUAUUCCCCUCCACGAAGACGUUUUCUCGUCCGACUCUGAAGAUGAAAGUGGAGACGAAGAUAAUCUGAUGGAACGCAUGGCUCGCAGGACGGAGAAAGCCCAGCGUAGUGAAGCCAGACACGCACGAGUUGCGGAAUACGAAGAGUACACAUUUUGCGGCCCAAGUACGGCAAUAACAGUAUUCGAUCUUGCACAAAAACUUUCAAAAGACACAAUCGCUUCCUUGUGGUGGGGAAUCGUCGGAAUCACGGAUCAGUAUGUCUCUGGCCGUGUUCGACCUGAACAGUAUAAAACUAAUGUAUAUAAAUAUAUGCUUCAUCAGCAUACACAAAGACUUCAAUCAAAAGCUGACGCAAAUAAUCGCGCUCAACUCCUGUUAGAACCACUGGAAGAUCUUCAACUUCCUCUUUACAGACAUUGGAACGUCAGCGAGGCCCUUACUCAUUCACUCCCAGUUGCGUCAGCCAUUAAAGUUUGGACCGGUUCCGGAACCCGCAAAAUAAAAGAACUCGUUGCUCAAAUUGGCCUUCCACUCACCCAAGCGGGAGAAAAGUAUCACUACAUGGAGGAGCGCUUCAAAACCGACUUUCCAAAGCAACUAGAGCAGAAAGCGCCGAAUUUUGGAAUCAAGAAUCUCAAAGUGACAGCGUUCACGGCUCAGCGAGGAUUUGGUUAUAAAUAUACUGCUGCUGAUACGGCCAUUGCGAUAAAUGCUCUAUUAGAAUUGACAAGUGGAGACGAUUUAGUCAAAAACUUCGAAGAAGCUUUGGAAGCGCUUAGAACAGAGCAACCGACAAUGUGCCGCAUGCAAGACGGAAUCGAACUCGCCAAGGGCCAGCUGCGCGCUAUUCUAAACACGAUAAACUCACAGAUAGAAACGAAUAAUAUAAUCAACGCUGGACCGUUUUUGUACAUGAACAUGAAAGAAAGCCCAGACAAUCACAUGUUCGCCCAUCCUGUCAGUAUACGACUUCUCUCUGCGUAUCUUCUCCACUCAUUCUGCCGAUCCCAGCCAAAACAGCGUCGUGAGAAAAUCCGAGCUCUUCCCCUGGUUCUUGCGGCUCCUCGUGGAGAAACAGCUCCUGGGAAAAAGCUUGUUUGCGGCUGCCCACCACUUGGCUCUACCUCAAAUAAAAACCCCUUCGGAAAGGCAUUCAAAGAAGCUGGCGCUCGCUCACAGGCACGAAUCGACUACCAGUUUAUGGACGAUAGCUUACUCCAAAUCGACACGGACGAUUUUCUCAAGUUCAUGGAAGCCCUCGUUGUAGAACUCUCGAUGAACGACUAA